UUGAUGGGUUGCCAUGUCAACAGAACACAAACAGCGCUGGUGGAGCUCCUUCAGACACCACUUCACUGCACUCCCCCACGCCUCCCCCAGCCCGGGAAGGGCAUUUCCACAGUAACAGCUUCUCUUAACAGAGGUCAAGACAAUGGACGAGGAAAAUGAAAAUGCUUCCAUGGAGAGGGUAGUGCACAUGAUUGUGAGAAAGGCGACUCGUGCUGCACAAGAAUGUUAUCUAAAUAUUUUACGGAAGGAAGAAGAAGAAGCCGAAUACGUUGCCAGAAACAUUCAGUGGACAACAUGUGAGAACUUCUCAGUGGAGAAGGGACUGCAGCAAAUCGAAGAGUACAUUUCUCAGACGUGGGAGCUUCACGAGAGCUGGCUUCACUGCUCAGAGUUUCUUGGGGAAGAAGAUCUUCAGUACAGCAAGAAGUACCACUACAGAGUCCUCUGGAGCAUCCCAACACGCAGGAAACCCAUCCCACAAGCAACAGCAAGCACCUAUUUCGUGAUAGAGAUCUCAAAAACCAAACCUGUUAUCCUGCCUGUGGAGGUAUACUUCUUUCUGGAGUCCAGCAGGCUGAUUCACAGACCAGAACACUGUCGAUUUAGAGAAAAGUGGUUGAAGGACGUCAUUGAAAAUAAAAUCAUACUCAGGGAAAGGCUUAAGUUACUAUGAACAGCUUCAGCUCGCCACCACUCUGCUGGUAUUUUGUGGAGAAUCAACAGUUAUUUCUUCUUAACUUUUGGAUUACCUUGUAAGCGUGGAAGCAAAAUUUAAUCUGUAUUAAAUCAACUAUGGGCUGAGUA